CUGAUUACGAUUCAAUCCUCUCCGAUCGUUGGCCUCCUGUUUCCGUUUUACUCGACAUCGUUCCGACGACUUUUGACCUGGAAUCGACGCAGUGACUUCAAUUCAACUAUUGCACUUGGUUUGUUGGCAAUGGACAAAGGAGCACCUCCUAGUAUUUUUGUGAAUGAUGGGUCAUUCAUGGAAAGAUUCAGACAGCUUCAACAGGAGAAAGAUAAAGACAAGGAUAAGGUUGUCCAAGUUGAGGAUUCUAAGCCGGUGAAGAUUAUAUCAAAUCCCAAACCUGCUGCUAAUAAAAUUUCCAUUGGAUUAAAGCCCAAUGAUGCCCAGAAGAAAGGUGGUAAGCUUGCUUUCAGCUUGAAGCAAAAGUCUAAGCUUCUUGCACCUCCUGUGAAGCUUGGUACAGAAGAAGAUGAGGAUGAUGAGGAUGUUAAACAUGAACAAGGCUUUGGAUCCGUAAAGCGUCAAAAGUUAGAGCAGAGAGACACACCUGUAAAGUCAGCAAAAGUAUCGGAUGUUGCACCACCUCCGCCCAGUGAUCCUACUGUGAAGAAAGUUGCUGAUAAACUAGCAAGUUUUGUUGCUAAGCAUGGAAGGCCAUUUGAGCACAUUACACGGCAAAAGAAUCCUGGGGAUACACCAUUUAAAUUUCUUUUUGACGAGAACUGUGCGGACUACAAGUACUAUGUAUUCAGGCUGGCUGAAGAGGAAAAAUUAAUUUCACAAACCAAGGAUUCUGGUGUACUUCACAGUGGUGAUGCAGGCUCGCGAACGUCCACAGCAGCAAUCCCUUUGCAAAAGCCAGCUUAUCAACAAACAGGAUAUCAGAUCCCUGCCUCAGCUCUCUAUGAUACUCCUGUGGAACCUGGAGCUUCUUCUAGAUCUGCUCAGGCAUCAAUUACAAGACCCAGCGACAGUGACUCCUUUAGUGGGCCGAGGGGUGCAGACCCUCUAUCAAUGAUGGAGUUUUACAUGAAGAAGGCUGCCCAAGAAGAGAAAAUGAGACGUCCUAGGCAGUCAAAAGACGAAAUGCCUCCACCAGCUUCCCUUCAAGGCCCAUCUGAAACUUCCUCCACAGACCCUGGAAAGAGAGGUCAUCACAUGGGUGAUUAUAUCCCACUUGAGGAGCUAGAUAAGUUCCUUUCAAAGUGCAAUGACGCAGCUGCACAAAAAGCCACAAAGGAGGCUGCUGAGAAAGCGAAGAUCCAAGCAGAUAAUGUUGGACAUAAACUCUUGUCAAAAAUGGGUUGGAAAGAAGGUGCUUACUUGCAUCACUCUAUCUGUAAAUUGGUGCCCUUGUUUCUUUCUGUAUCUUGUGCCUUUAUGGAGACAAAGAGCUUAGAAAAUUGGAGGAGUGGAUUACAGGUGAAGGUAUAGGAAGCUCCAGAAAGGGUAUGGCAGACCCUAUAAUGGCAGGCGAUGUAAAGACAAACAACUUGGGAGUUGGUGCUUCCGCUCCAGGAGAAGUCAAGCCUGAGGAUGAUAUAUACGAGCAGUACAAGAAGCGGAUGAUGCUGGGUUACAAACACAGACCCAAUCCACUGGGAAAUCCCAGGAAGGCGUAUUACUAAGGAUCAAAUCAAUGUGUUAUGCGCAAUUAUUAUCUUUGGUUCACCUCAGCACCGUCUGAGCUUUGCUUUUCUAUUAUAAAGAAUGUUCAAGCUUUUAGAUUACUGAUAUAUUGAAGUGUUGGUAUGCAUUGAAUUUGCGUUUCAGUGUGCAAAUAGAUCUCUUUGACAGACAUAUCAGUUGAAAUACAAUGGAUUUGUUAUUGCUAAUGACUGAGAUUUUGAUUCGAUUGUC